AUGUUUUAUAACGCAAUAAUUAUUCAUAACGAUAAAAAAUAUUCAAUAUAUUAUAAUUUAAAAAAAAAAUUAAACAAUAAAUAUAAAAAAUUAAUUAGAUAUAAUAGGUAUAAUAAAACAUAUAAUCCAAGGCAAGAAACAAACGUAUGUAAUAAAAAGAUAACUAUAAAAAAAAAUAAAUUUUAUAUAAAUAAUAAUGAGUAA